CUGAUCAAUCAAUAUGGGAUCCUCGGGACGUCCAUAUCCUAAAUCCUAACACUAACCUUAACUCAAUAACCCUUACCCUAACCCCUACCUAAAUCCCAUUUUAAAUGUCAACUUCAAUUUGGGGGACGGACUUCCCAAGGACCGCCUAUAGCACGGAUCCAAUCGAAACCCAGACAGAGUUGUUUUCGUUUUACCGAAGUGCAGCCUACCUUCAAGAGAAAUUAGGGAUUUAUUCGUUUUCACUGCAAUUGCACAGCAAGUGUUGUUUUUAUUCGCGAAGUACCUGCUGCUUACCCGAACAGGAAUGGCGCUUUGACGAUGGCGAAAACACCAGAGAGCAGCGGUAUGGAUUUAGGAGAUGUUUCCCAUAGCUGCAAUUCACGAGCUCUGAAAGUUACAACAUCAACAACCACAUCGUCACCAUCAUCACCACUACCAUCAUCUUCCCUCAGCAGCAGUGCUCACCUUCAGCUAGAGGCAGCAUCACCACCGCCCCUCCAAGUUCUCCAGUUGAAGAGGCAUCAUAAGCAGUACUAUAGCCAUGGCCAUAAUCUGUUACCUAAGAAGAACCCUCUAGAUAAUACAGUGAGAGAUUUGUCAUCAUCCUGUGUCUAUGAGGUACCUGCCUCUGGUGGUGUUUCCCAGGACCCGGCUGCAUCUGCCAUGGCCUUAGCUGUCACUACCAAAUUUUGCUCUGGUGUUGAGGCUAGAGAUGUAUGGAAGUCUGGAUACCUGAGAAAGAUGAAGCACAGCCACAAGAGAUUUUUUGUCUUGAGAGGGCCAAGUGACACAGGCCCCAGCCGUUUGGAGUACUAUGAUAGUGAGAAGAAAUUUAGAAAUGGAAUGAAAUCCAUUUGUAAAUCUCCCAGUGCUGUGGGUUCUCCAAAGAAGGUAAUUUAUCUGUAUCAAUGUUUUACUGUCAGUAAAAGGGUAGAUUCUAAACACAAGCACCUGAUAGCCCUGUACACUAAGGAUGAGCACUUUGUCAUGAUAGCGGAGAAUGAGGAGGAGCAAGAGGAUUGGUACCUGGCUCUGAGUGAUCUGGUGAUCCAGGAGAAAAAGGAGUACCAGGACGCUGAGGAGUUGGAUGAUGGAUACUGGACCGUCUCUCCUGGAGCCAUCUUCAAGGAGGUGUGGCAGGUGAUUGUAAAGCCCAAAGGUUUAGGACAAACCAAGAACCUGAUAGGAGUGUGCCGGCUGUGUCUCUCUGCCAAGACCAUUCACCUGGUGAAGAUGUGCUCUGAGAUGACGUCUGUGAACCUGCCUCUGAUGAAUGUGCGUCGCUGUGGUCACUCCGAGAGCUUCUUCUUUAUGGAGGUGGGCCGCUCGUCCUCCACUGGGCCCGGGGAGAUCUGGAUGCAGGUAGAAUCAGGCGACCCUGUGGUGGCUCAGAACAUGCAUGAGACAAUCCUGGAGGCCAUGAGAGCCCUGAGGGCUAUCCCUGAUUUCAUGCCUCGGAGCAAGAGUCAGUCAUUCCCAUCAAACCCAUGUGCCGUAGUCACCACACGACGUCAACACCAUGGCAACCUCCCACCCAGCCUGACUGGGUUACAGCGCUCUAUAAGGGUGGAAACUGUUGUGAGCAAAGCGUCCCAACAGAAAGAUAAAGGAGAUGGAGGCCACAGCCCCAAUCAAACUUCUAGCCAUGGAGAGGGGACAAUGAACCAACUGAUCAGCCCAGGGACUGGCACCUUGGCUCUCCGUAAUGUCUGCAUCAGUAAAAACCUUGAAGAGAGCCUCAGUCACUGUGCAUGCAUCUCCACCACCAUCAGUGUAUCCAGCAGCAGUGGCAAUGACUCUGAUACACACCCCUGGACCUCUGACACUUCAGUCUUUGGUUCUACCAGCGACAGAGGCUCUGUCUGCGCUGAGGAUUUGUGCUCCAACCCAUGUGUCUUUCAGUUGUCCAGGAGUAACACCCCUGACUCACUGUUUAACACCACACUCAUUGACGAGAACAGCUUGACUGACUACGUGGCCAUGGAUUUGCAGGUAACGGCUGUGGCCGGGGCUAAUCAAGGAGAUAGCUGUGAUGUGGAAACGUCUAAGCCUGAACAUUCCAGACAAUACCACCAAACCACCUCUUGCACUCCAAAAUGCGAAAAAUACCUCUUAUCCAAGCCCCCCUUCCUCCAUAUCUAUAAUCAGAGUAAACUCCCAGUGGGGGAAGGUUAUAUGCCAAUGACUUGUGGACCAGGUCCUCAUUUUACAGAUGACAUCCCUUCAGAUUACAAUGUGACCCCCACUCUUCUUCAAACACCUAGUGCUACCAUGUUGCCCUCAGACCAGCUGGGGCCCCAGGGCUACAUGAUGAUGCUUCCACGGAGCUGUUCACCAGCAAAGGACAGCCUCAGUGAUGUUGAUAAUUUAGUGUGUGAUGAAUACAUGAACAUGUCUCUCGGGAGCCACAUGGAUGGUCAUACACAUGGCUCACCGGAGGCUCUUAAGUCCUACAGCUCCUAUUCCUCUCUACCAAGCGCUAACCAGCCUCCUUCACAGAGGAACUGUGAACAUGAUGACUGUAUGUUCACGUGUCAUCCUGCAGCUCAUCACUGCUCUGCAGUUGAAUGGAACAGUAGAAACCCUCUCUGUAGCUCGCCUCGUCACUCUUCUCAUCCAAGCAGUGAUGUGCUGCUGAACCUAUCAGAUGUGCCUGUGUUGAAUGUCACUGGUUUGUCCUUGGACCAGCAUGGGGUUGAAGAUAGUGACCUGCCCACUCAAACUGAGUCUAUCCAGAUUUCAACAGAUCGUCUCAACUACAUUGCUCUCUACCUGAGGGAUGAUCAGUGUGCCACCUGUGAUGUCCCUUUGCCUAUUGAUGAGGUCACUUCUCCACUUCCUGCACGUACCAGUCCCAGAGAGAGUGGGUCUGGACCCGGACUCUACACUGGCAUAGACCUCCCCACACCAGCAGGACAGACUGCUGCCACCAGACGUUGGCUGUGUUCUUGUCUCCCCUUGUGUAUCAAUACUGAUGACAGUGAGUAAGAGGACAGUUUAAAAACUGUCAGUGCUGCUUUUGAGUCGAUACAUUAUUGAAUUAACCAGAUUGUGAAUACUCGGCCUUGUUGUUUACACGAUGAUAAUGAUCAAAUAAACAAGUUAUUUGUACUCUGUGGAAUUGUUCAUAUAAAAAAAUGUCUGUCAUGUUUCUUUACUUUUGGUGGUUGUUUCUAGUCUGGGUACCAGUUCCACACCUUGUACUCCCUUGCAUAUGGCACGGAGUACAACAAGUGGGAUGUUAUCUUAAAUGACUGGUACCCAGACUAGGUUGUUUUUUUUUACACUUGGAGAACAUGUUCUUAUAGCCCUUUGCAAAGAAGUUUAUUUUGGGCAAUUCCAGGGAAAUGGAAUGACGCCGAGACUCAGAUCUUUCAAUUUUAAAUGUAUUCCAAACAAAAUCAAUUGAUUUCAAAGUUGAACAAACCAUAUAACUCAAUGCACAAUGACUACUUUUAACAAUUUACACAGAAAGUUAUACAAAUGUACUUGAAGAACAAACAGUUAAGUGUUAAGGUCAGUAACAGAAUGACAGCCCCAAUGGCACAAACUGUCAUUCUCUUAGAAAAUGUUUUAUCUCCACUGUUCAAGUAAAUGUUGUCAUUUGUUAAAAGUAUUUCUUGUUCAUAAUUGUAUGGUUUGUUCAAGAUUGAAAUCAGAUUUUUUUUUGUGAAGGAAAGUUAAAGUUGUGAGUCUUCAGGCAAUGUAUUGGUUGUCAACUGGAAGAAAAUACUUUUUGUGAAGGAAAGUUAAAGUUGUGAGUCUUCAGGCAAUGUAUUGGUUGUCAACUGGAAGAAAAUACUUUUUCUUGCGUAGGCCUGAAUUAUUAGUAUUUUUCAUGAAUCGAGAGAGGAUGUUUGCAUUUUCUUUUCACAUUUUUCACAGGGCAUUUACUGGAUCAUUUGCUCUGUACCUGGACAGAAGUCAGCACGUUUGGGUUAUGAAAAUUAAAAAAUUGUGCCCUAUUUUGUAUUUAAUUACCAUGCCCUGGGCCCAUAUUCACAAAACAUUUAUUAUGCAAAAACUUAAGCCUCUUAAGAAAAAACUAAAUGUUUAUAACUGCAAUUCCAGAACAAUAUUUAACUCUUUUUUUUCCCAAUAACCUUUUUUAGGAAUAGCAACUUUUCUUAAAUCUAUAGUUAAGGAAAAAAUGGCAGUUUAGAAAUGUCUUAAAAUAUUUUGUGAAUUUGGGCCCUGGUGAUUGCACCCUUUAAUGCUUUUAUACCAUUAAUGGAUGUAAUUAUACCAUUAAAAUAAAGCGAAUGCUGUUAUCUACAGCUUGU